UCCCUCCUCUUCCACAAAAAAAAAAAUGUCGCCUCUGAUAUAUCCAAGCGAAUUAAUUAUUCAUAAAAAAAAUUUAAAAAACGGUUAACUCCGUGAAGACACACACUCCGUAUUCACUUCGCGGAAAACCCUCCGUUUUGUUGUUGUUGUUGUUGUUGUCGUCUUUUGAGCGCCGGUGUGUCCGCGGAGGGCGAUUCUUCUGUCUGGUACUCCAUCUUUCUUUUUUUUUUUUUUUUUUCUUCCAGCCCCGACAUCAACAGGUCAUCCCGGGACACGAAAUGCGCUGCGAGGCGGACGGACGGACCCCGGCACGUUAACCCCUCCUCCGGUUCUCAACGGCUAGGACACCGGGAUAUGUGGGCGAAUUAACGCAUCCGGACGUGUCGUCGGUCUCCGUCCAGGCGGGCGUGACCUCUAUGCUGGUGCGGACGGCUCGGCUGCUCCUCUCCCUUCACCUCCACCCGUCCUGCAGUCCAGGCAGCGCUGCUGCCGCCGCCAGCCGGGGACUGACAUCCAUGGAGCCCCUGAACGCGACCCCCGAGGUUCCUGCCACCGAACCCCCCGCAGAAGACGUGAGCCUGGCGCCCGCGGGGCUGCUGCCCGGGGAGACGCUGGUCAAGGAGGGCAAGGCGGCCAUCCUGUUCCCCAGUGCCAAUGAGGUGUUUUACAACCCAGUCCAGGAGUUUAACAGAGAUUUGACAUGUGCCGUGAUCACAGAGUUUGCCAGAGAGUUGCUGGCUCAGCGCGGCGUGAAGCUGGCGGUGCCGGGCGAGAACGAGAAAGUGGAGGUCUCCGUGUCGGAGGAGGCCGACGUACCGACGGAGGAGAACGGAGCCGAGUCUCCGACCGAGACGGCGUCGGUGGGCGAGAAAUGCGAGCGUGGUCUUCGUGUCCUUGAGGGUCUGUCGGCGUCCGGUCUGCGCUCGGUCCGCUUCGCCCUGGAGGUCCCGGGUCUGCAGAGCGUCACCGCCAACGACUUCUCCACCAAGGCCGCGGCGCUGAUCGCCAGGAACGUCGAGUACAACGGCGUCGGCCACCUGGUCAGCGCCAGCUGCAGGGACGCCAGUAUGCUGAUGUACGAGAUGCGAGGGAAGAAGGAGCGUUACGAUGUCAUCGAUCUGGAUCCCUACGGGAGCCCCGCUUCCUUCUUGGAUGCCGCUGUGCAGGCAGUCGGCGAGGGGGGGCUGUUGUGUAUAACGUGUACAGACAUGGCGGUGAUGGCAGGAAACAGUGGAGAGACCUGCUACAGCAAAUACGGCUCCGUCUCCAUCAAAGCCAAAUACUGCCAUGAGAUGGCUCUCCGUAUCAUCCUCCACGGUCUGGACCAGCGGGCGGGGGUGUACCAGCGCUACAUCCAGCCGCUGCUGUCCGUCAGCGUGGAUUUCUACAUCCGGGUGUUUGUGCGCGUCUUCACGGGACAGGCCACAGUCAAGAACUCAGCCAGUAAACAGGCCCUGGUCUACAACUGCGUGGGCUGCGGGUCCUUUCAGCUGCAGCGGAUGGGAAGGAGGAUGAGCAACGGGAAGCAUGUGAAGUACUCGCCGGCCAGCGGACCUCCAGUUGGACCUGAGUGUGAGCACUGUGGACAGAGACACCAGCUGGGCGGUCCCAUCUGGGCGGAGCCAAUCCACGACGUGCCUUUCGUCCAGAAGGUUCUGUCCGCCGUGUCGGGGAACCCGUCUCGAUUCGGGACGUCCAAGCGCAUCGAGGGCGUUCUCAGCGUGGUGACGGAGGAGCUGGAAGAUGUUCCUCUUUACUACACUGUGGACAGUCUGAGCAGCACCAUCCACACCAACACGCCGCCCCUGCUGCAGUUCAGGUCGGCUCUCCUUCAUGCGGGUCACAGGGUCUCUCUCUCUCACGCCUGUAAGAACGCCAUCAAGACGAACGCUCCUCCCGGCGUCAUCUGGGACAUCAUGCGCUGCUGGGAGAAGGCCAAUCCCGUGAAGAGGGAGAAGCUGUCGGAGACUAGCCCCGCCUUCAAGAUCCUCUCCAAUGAGCCCGGGUCAGAAGCCUGUUUCACUGUGAGGGAGGACGCCAACCCGCAGUCCCGUAAGCUCCACCUGACCCGGUUUCAGGAGAACCCUCAGGCCUUCUGGGGACCCAAAGCUCGCGCCAGAUCCGGUGGCGGUAUCGUCACCGACCUGCAGGACAAGAGUAAGAAGUUCCAGAACAAGAGGAAGAACUUGGACCUGAAGAACAUUCACUGCAAAAGGUUCAAACAGGGAACGUGCACACAUGGAGACGACUGCUGCUACUCCCACGACCCGGAGCCCACCGAAGACAAACCACUGUGAUCUCAGGACUGUUUGUGUGUGUUUUUAAAUUUUAUUUCUGGACUUUGGUUAACAAACACAAUUAAAAAAAAAAAAAAAAUCCAGAACGUGAUUUUUUUUUCAGGUUUUACGUCAGCACUUUUUUUUUAUUUUUAGGAUCUUUAUGUCCAAUAAAGUCCUCCAUGCUGAA